AUGAAAACACGGAGAAGAAAUUAUAACGCAGAUGAAAUUAGCGACAAACUCAGUGAUUUACCUGAUUUUGUUUUGAUUCACAUAUUGUCUAUUUUGAACACCAAACAGUCUGUUCAAACUUGCAUCCUCUCCAAAAGAUGGAGGAAUCUCUGGAAGUAUAUUCCUGUUAUUUCUCUAAAUUCUUUUUACUUCAAGAAUAUCAAAAAAGAUUUCACCAAAUUUGUAUAUCGAUUUUUGUCUCUAAGAGAUGACAAAUCCACACUGCACGCCCUCAAAUUCCUCCGCGAGGGUCAUGUCGAGCAUCGCCUGCUCAAAAGAGUUAUAAAAUAUGCAUUUUCACACAAUGUCAAGCUACUGGAUAUUCACAUGGCUUGUAAUUUAAACCCCUUUCCACUUUCUUACUUUUCAUCUCUUACUUUAACGUCUCUUAACCUUAUUUCAGAGAGACAAAUUGGUAGUCCAUUUACGGUAUUUCCAAAUUCUCUUAACUUUCCGCUAUUAACCCAUUUGUCUAUAAAGAACUUUGGCUUUCACAGCAGUGGUGAUGGUGAGGAUUGCUAUGUCGACCCCUUUUCCACUUUUAAGAGUUUGAAUACUUUUUAUAGCACAAUCGAGUUAACUACUCCAAAUCUUUGUAGCUUUGAUUUUAUUGGUAAUCCUAGUCAGAAAUUAACUGGAGGCAAUAUUCGUCUCUCUUCUAUCAAACAUGUAAACAUAAAGGUUUCAAGUAUGGAUGGAUGGUCAAAGUUCGAACGUUAUCCAUUGGUUCUACUUGAUUGGCUGGUUGAGCUUGCUCUUACCGAAUCACUCACGGUCAAUUCAACUACUCUUAAGGUUCUCUGCUUAACUCCUAAUUUAUGGAAGGUUGAUUUCCCAUACUUAUGUAAUUUGAAAUCAUUGAAAAUAGACAUAGUCCAAUGUUCAUCGAUACCUAAAGAAGCAAUAGACUUUUUACUUCAAAACGCACCGUCAGCCAAAAAAGUCAUAAUAAAAUCCCCCAAAAAAUCCUUCAAUGAUUACAGAAGAGGCAGGUUUGGUAGAGGAUUCUACUACGUAGGAGAUUCUUUGGUACAUUAG